AUGUCGCCUACACCGCCGUCUGAUCGUAAAUCUGUGACGCUUGGGGGUGUCCAAAAGACAAGAUUUUCGCCUGUCAUUCCGCAGGGAAGGCAGAAAGCAGAGGCCGAUAUUGCCGCUUCACCUUUAUCUUCUUCCUCCUCCUCCAAGCUGGCAGCCGAAAAGAUGCAAAGAAAGAAUAAUUCAAAUGCAGGGAGGCCAAAAAAGGACACAAAAGCAAGGUCAAGCCCUGCAGAUGAGGCUCCCAUUUCCGGUCCAUUUUCUCUUGGACCUUCUGCCAUUUCUAGAGCACAAUCGAGGAUACCCGCAGGAGGAGCCCUCAAUUAUGGGCUCUCAUCUGCAACAUCUAUGUCCAUUAAAGAAGAAAACAAAGAAAGCUCGUCAGAACUGGCAGAGCUGCAGCACCUUAAUGCAGCAUCCAAAAUUGAAGAGAGAAAUACGCCUUCGCUUAGUCUCCCUCAGGAUUCCUUAUUUUUGCUUCAACUUCCUUCGCUGGUGCCAUGUAUCGAACCGUGGUUUUUGGCUCAAAGGCUAGCCGCAGUCAAGAUGACAACACCUGCACAAUUGCACCCUGGCUUUGAAGAUAUUGAAAAAAGCGCAUACUCUGCGUUGCUGAAACAGCCCUCGAUCGAUGGCAAGAUCGGAAAAGUGCAAAUCCAUCGCUCUGGCAAGCUUACGCUUUCGAUUGGGCCGAUGUCGUAUAGGAUGGAGGAGGGCAUUCAGACAUCUUAUUUGGAGACCCUGGCUGUUAUCAACUCGACCAAAAACCAAAUAGUUGAUCUGGGGCCAGUCGCUCGCCGAUUGAUCGUUUAUCCCUGCAUUGAUAGCAUAUUGGAGGGCCGUGCCAAUAAAUUGUAA